AUGCGCGGCACUCUCAUCUUCGCGGGCUCCUCCUGCCCAGUCCUCACUAAUCAGAUAUGUGAGAACCUGGGCAUGGCUCCUGCCCAGGCGGAGCUUACCCAAUUUUCCAAUGGCGAGACGAGCGUGCGAAUCUUGACCAGCGUCCGCGAAAAGGAUGUCUUUGUCGUCCAGUCCGGCAGCGCCAAGGUCAACGACACCAUCAUGGAGUUGUUGAUAAUGAUCUCGGCCUGCAAUGGCGGAUCAGCAAACAAGAUCACUGCUGUGCUUCCGUACUUCCCCUACAGUCGCCAGUCGAAGAAGAAGUCCCAUCGGGGUGCCAUCACAGCAAGAAUGCUUGCCAACCUCCUCGGCGUGGCCGGCGUUAAGCACGUCAUUACCGUCGACCUGCACGCUUCCCAGAUGCAGGGCUUCUUUAAGUGCCCGGUGGACAACCUUCACGCCGAACCACUCAUUGCGAGAUGGAUUCGUCACAACGUGCCCAACUGGAAGGAGGCCGUUGUCGUGUCCAAGAACGCGGGCGGAACCAAGCGUGUGACAUCGCUUGCAGACGCAUUGAAGCUCAACUUUGGCAUGGUCACAACAGAGAAGAACCGGAAGGGAACCAACAUGACUUCGAGUAUGAUCAUGCACCACCUGGACAAUCUCGAUCGGGAACCCGUGUUGGAGACAACGCGUGAGCCACCCAGACCUUCCACACCUCCCGCUGCACCUGGCCGAGCUGCCCGGAUCAGAACCGACGCACACGGUUCCCCUCAGUUCACCAGCGCUCCGAGGUCCCACCCUAGAUCGAUGGACGACCGGCCCACAACACCCACACAGUCCAAGCCUGGCGAUGGGUCGGUCGACGAUGAUGAGGAAGAGGGCGACGCGCAGUACGAUGAUCGUCGCGCCCAUGAAGUUACGCACGGCCGAUUGGUUCAGGGUCACAUAGUGGACGACGACUAUCCAUCGCCAGCUGCAUCGACCGUCAGCGGCAGCGUUCAGGGCGACGAUCCCAUGACCAUGUCGCACGCAUCAUCAUUCUUUGCUCCCGAGCCCCAUGCCCUGGGAGGUUCUGGAGACGCGGCCCCGGAGUCGGACGAAGAGGACGAGGUCCUGAAGGAUCCCAAGGUCGAGCACAUGAUCACGCUGGUCGGCGAUGUCAAGAACAGAACCGUCUUCAUCGUUGAUGACAUGAUCGACAAGCCCAACUCGUGGAUCGCCGCUGCCGAGACAGUCGUCAAGAAGGGCCGCGCCAAGAAGGUCUACUGCAUGGCCACCCAUGGCGUGUUCGGCGGCGACAGUCUCGACCAGCUUCAGGCGUGCGAGUGCAUCGAUACCAUUCUCGUGACCAACAGCUUCCCCAUCCCCGAGGAUCAGGCCAAGCGGUGCCCCAAGCUCGUGGUACUGGACCUCUCCUUCCUCCUUGCCGAGGCGAUUCGCCGUAACCACUACGGCGAAUCGAUCUCCCCUCUGUACCAACACAUUCUGGACUGA